UCUCCUGGUCUCUCUCCUGGUCUCUCCCCUGUUCUCUCUCCUGUUUUCCUCUCGGUUCUCCCACUGCCCUGCGACUCAUGGGUUGAUCCUGGUGUCUCCUUCAAGGGUUAACAAUGAGUCAUUCAGCGGAGAGACGAGUAAUUUCCAGGAAACUGCUUAUGUUAUGGGAAACAGUGGAAAUACCCCCCGGAGCCAUAGGAUUACACUUCACACCGGCUAUUAUCUAUAACUUUGUUAUCUUUCACUCUUUCACUCUUUCACUCACUUACACACCUAACCCCUAACCCUUUUGAAGGAAAUUAGGCCUACUGCGCAAGUGCGCAAAACACACAAAUCUAGCAAAACAAAUAAAUAUAGUUUAUUGGAUGAUGUGUCUAAAAAGUUCGAUCACUUUCUUCCAGAGGUAAGAACUCGUGAUGAUGGUGAAGUUGAGAUGGAGCCGAACACCCCAGCCGGACCGCUGACGGACAGACAGAACGGUAUAGUGUCUUAGAUAACAGAGCAUCACUGGCCGCGUCACACCUCGUCCUAAUUAAUGAUCCUCCUCCAAAACCCGGGGUGAGAAGUAGCGCGCUCGAUCACUUUAUAAACUCAGAACUCAGAACACUCUGGGUGCAACAGCGCUUGUCUCCGUUUCCAAAGGAUGCAGUCCCACGAGGAGGAGGAUGUUGGGCUCGAGGCGGUCCAAGGCGCCCUCCAGCCGAUUUGGGACGCCAUGCUGGGACAUCGGGACGUCCUCACCUCCCCGCUGACGCCCGGGCUCAGCGCUCUCAUCAUCCACCUUGUUCUCUGCGCGCCUUUCUUUCUGCUCGACGUGCUCGCGUGCGUGUGUCCCCACGUGCAUUCGUACCAGAUCUCCAAGAGCACUUCGGGAAAGCGCGUGCUGCGCAAUUGGAGUAUGACCCUCAAGAGGAUACUCGUGAACUACGCGGCGGUGAUCGUGCCGUUCACCGCGGUGCUGCAGUCCCUCACGAGCCCCUGGUUCCCGCUCCUCGCGCCCACCUGCUUGCAGCUCUGCGUCCACGUGGUGCUCUGCGUGCUGCUGUUCGAUCUGCUCUUCUUCGCGUGGCACUGGGCUAUGCACAGGUUCCGAUGGCUGUUCCUCCACGUCCACCUGCACCACCACCGACACCACCCCGUCCCCAUCGCGCUGGCCGCCCAGGACGCCGGCGCCGCCGAGAUGCUGUCGCAGCUGCUGCUGGCGCUGGGCACCGCCCGGCUCCUGGGGCUGCACCCCCUCAGCGAGGCCGCCUUCCACCUGCUCAACAGCUGGCUGGCCGUGGAGGACCACUGCGGCUACCGGUUGCCCUGGGGCCUCCAGGGGCUGCUGCCCCGGCUGGGCGCGGGGGCCCCCCACCACCAGCUCCACCACAGACUGCAGAAGGGCAACUACGCCCCCUACUUCACCAUCUGGGACCGCCUCCUGGGCACGGAGCUCUGACGGCGUUGGCCGCGCCUCAGGGAUGACGGACGGGACGGACGCGGGGGUUUAGCCGCGCUGGUUGGGAAGUCGUUUUACUGAGGAAAACUAUGAAUGAAUGAAUUACUAUGGAGCUUUUAUUUUUAAAAGGGAAUGAAAUUAGGGAGAUGAUUAUGAUUAUUUCAUGGGAUCAUCUUGAAUAGUUAUUUUUUUGUGAAUAAAAUUUAAUAUUUAAUUUAAAGAGAUUGUUCUAGUCUAUCCGACCAACACGUCUCUGUGGUAGAGCCAUGCAUCAUGGAAUGCACGCUAUUGCACGGUUCUCAGCUGAGUCAGUCAGACUCAGUGCUACCGGAAACUCGACUGGAAUGGGAGGAGUCGUCCACACGGGCAAAAACCGAUCUUUUCCCCUCCUUUAUCCUUUGAUGCGUUUCAGCGAUAUCUCCGUAAAGACGGACUCAUAGCACAAGCACUCCUAGCUGUAGCAACGCUCUAGUAAAUAUUCAAGGCCACUCUGUGGCACUGGUUCUCCACCAACUGCGCCUGCGAAAUGUAUACAAACAUACAGUCGAGGAGGAGAAAGCAGUUGUUAAACCUUUUAGAUUGAGCAGAAAUCGAUCUUAUCCACCCUGGGACCUGGUUUCAGAAAAUUGUGUUUUCGGCCACUGAAAACGACGCUCGCCCCAAUCGCACAAGACGUAUGCAUUUUCAUAAAAGAAUAAUUUCUGUGUGGAUGGGGCCUCAGUGAUAGGGUGAGACACUCCUGCCCCCACUACCCCAACCCGGAUCAGCGAUUGAAGAUGAGAUGAGAUUUAUUUUAAAGAAAUAGUUUUAUUCUGGUAUGUUACACUGCUCAUUUAAAAUCAGGUGCGAGUAUGAAAGAUGGUGGAUCACGAUGAACCAUUUCCAGAAGUUAUGUCUAAAUUCAUAAGGAUUGGAAGCCCUAAGUUUGAGUCACUAAGUUUGAGUCACUUAAAUCCUAAGCUAACUCAAGGCUAACGAGAACAAUCACACCUCAAUCACAGAUCUUUAUGUAUUUCUGUUUUCACGAGUAUCUUUCCACUGUCCAAAUGUAUUCAUUCAGAUAGGGGAGCGGAUCUGAAUGAUGAAUGACACUUUAUGAGGCUGCUGUUAGCCACCAGUGCUCACCACACAUGUUUCUGUUUAAAACAAUGAAAUCAUGAGCCCUGAGCAAUCCCCUGACAUUCCUGAGAAUAAACCAAAAGCACAUUCAACUUCAU